AUUUCCGUAUAAUUUACGAUAUGCAGUAUGUCAUAAAAUCGUUUAAAAGUAUAUACUCAUAUCUUUUCAACAAAUAAAAAAUAAGUUAAAAAAAAUAUCUACCAUUUGACACGUGUCAUUUAAUGAAAUAUAUGGCUAAAUAUUUUUAAAAAAGUAUUGUAAAGCUCUACUGUUUUAACUGCUAUUGAAAAACUACAAUUCUUUAUUUUCGAAAUGGUACAAUUAAUUUUUAGCAUUGUGAUUCUUGAGUUCCUGAUUAGUGUAUGUUGUGCUACUGAUGCUACGCUUUCUCUACCAAUGAAAAUAGUUAACAAUGCAGGACAUACGUUGCAAUCACAUACUGUUCAAACAGAAGAUGGUUAUUUAUUAACAAUGUUCAGGAUUCCUGGUCCUCCAGGAUCAACACCUAUAUUUUUGCAACAUGGCAUACUUGGAAGCUCUGAUUCUUGGAUUCUUAUUGAAAAUGAUUCUCUUGCUAUUAAAUUGGCAAAUUUGGAAUACGAUGUAUGGUUAGGUAACUCUCGAAGUAGUGUUUAUAGCAGAACUCACACUAUUCUUGAAAAUACAGAUGAAGAAUUUUGGAAUUAUAGUUUUCAUGAGAUAGGCACUCAAGAUUUGCCAGCAAUGAUAAAUUAUGUGACAAGUAACACGGGAAAAAAUGUAAUUUACAUGGGUUUUUCAAUGGGAACUACAUCAUUCUUUGUGAUGGCUUCUGAAAAACCAGAAAUGUCAUCAAAAAUAGAUCUUGCAUUUGCACUUGCACCAAUUGUUUAUUUGGAUGAUUUAGAUGUACCAAACUCAAAUUUUGCCAUUAAGUUUUUUUUGGGUAAAAAAAGCUUUGGUUCUAAUAGUGGAUGGACAAUAAUUCCUUUCAAAAAUAAAAUAGCUUACAAAAUCUCAAAGUGUAGUAAAGAACAUAUUAAAGAAAAUUAUCUUGAACAAGUCUUGAAAGUAUCAUUUGGUACAACUUCAGUUAAAACAAUUAAACAUUUGUCACAACAACGUGACACUGGGAAAUUUCGUCAAUUUGAUUAUGGUGAAAAAAAUUUUGAAAUUUAUAAUAAUUCUAGCCCUCCAGAAUAUAAUUUAAAGAAAAUUAAAAUUCCUGUGGUUCUAAUUACUUCUUAUGGAGAUGUUUUUUCAACGCCAGAGAAUGUUGAAAAACUUUAUGAGCAAUUACCAAAUGUUUAUGGUGGAAUAAUUAUAAAUAGUAAAAAAAUUUGUCAUUUUGAUUUUAUGUAUGGAGAAUAUGCUGAGAAGUAUAUUUACGAGAAAAUAUUUGAUUUUUUGAAAAAAUUUGAAAAAGAAAAGAGAGAAAAUAUAGAAAAGAAAUAAUUAUAAAAUAAAAACGGAGAGAAAAAGAAAUUUUUAAAUCUAAUAAUAAUAUUGUAUAUUGCGUUAAUAUAUAUAGAACUAAGAAAUCUCGUUUUUCGUGAAUACAAAUUAAUUUAUUUCACUUGAUACUUGUUACUCGGGGGUUUUUGGGGUCGCUGAUUACGAAUCUGAUGUCAGAAUUUCAAAAUUCAAUAUGGCGAAUCCAAUAUGGCGGACGAAUUUUUAAAAAAGGCCUGGAGAUACUUAAAACUUGUUACUCGGGGAUUUUUGGGGUCGCUGAUUACGAAUCUGAAGUCAGAAUUUCAAAAUUCAAUAUGGCGUAUCCAAUAUGGCUGACAAAUUUUUUAAAAAGUGAUUGGAUUUGCUUGAAACUUGUUACUCGUAGGUUUUUGGGGUCGCUAAAUACGAAUCUGAAGUCAGAAUUUAAAAAUUCAAUAGUAUGGAUCCAGUAUGGCGGACCACUUUAUUUAAAUGUAAUUUUUUUAAUAAAAAUUGUUACUAAGGAUGUUUUAGAGUAGUUGCUUUUGAAUAUAAGUUAAUUUUUAAAAAAUUCAAUAUAUUGUAUCACAUAUAACAAACGAUUAUUUUAACUUAUAUGAUUUACAUGAUAAAUGUUAGUUACUGGUUUUUAGGUUAGCUGAUUACAUAAAUAUAAGGUCAAUUUUCAAUAAUUCUAACUGUGUAAAAUAUAUGGGACGAUAUUUUUUAAUUUUAUUAGAUUUUCGUAAACUUUAAAAAUUUUAAAAAAAGGUUUCUGUGUUACACGGUCUGUCACUGUCAUAUCUUUCUAAUGAGAAAUCUUAGUACAAUGAGUAUUUGAACAGCAACUUGUCCUAAAUUAUAAUUUUCUAGAAAAAAAUAAAUGUACUGAUUUUUCCUACUUAAUAAUAUACCUGAAUAUUCUCAAGGUAUUGAUUCUCGGAAAAUUCCCUAGAAAAUCCCGGAUUAGUAUCGGAAAAAUGGAUUCCCGAGAAAUUUUCUGUAAUUUUCGUAAAGUUUCUUGCGAAUAUUUUUGUAUAGAAUUGAAUGUCACAAAUAUUACUUUUCCGAUUUUUCAUAUACUAAAUUUGCUGCUUUGUAAUAAUGAAUAUGAUUUUAAUUUCGCAAGUUUAUGACAUAAUUCUUCAACAAAAUCUUUAGAAGAAAUUGAGUAUUUUAAUCAAUUUGCAUCAACUUUAACUGGUAUUUACACAAGACAUUAAAGACAUUAAGACAUUAAAAAAUUACAUUUAAAUAAAGUAGUCCGCCAUACUGGAUCCAUACUAUUGAAUGUUUAAAUUCUGACUUCAGAUUCGUAUUUAGCGACCCCAAAAACCUACGAGUAACAAGUUUCAAGCAAAUCCAAUCACUUUUUAAAAAAUUUGUCAGCCAUAUUGGAUACGCCAUAUUGAAUUUUGAAAUUCUGACUUCAGAUUCGUAAUCAGCGACCCCAAAAACCCCCGAGUAACAAGUUUUAAGUAUCUCCAGGCCUUUUUUAAAAAUUCGUCCGCCAUAUUGGAUUCGCCAUAUUGAAUUUUGAAAUUCUGACAUCAGAUUCGUAAUCAGCGACCCCAAAAACCCCCGAGUAACAAGUAUCAAGUGAAAUAAAUUAAUUUUUGAAAAUUCGCCCGACAUAUUUCAGCCGCCAUUUUGAAAUUUCAAAAAGUGCCAUUCGGCAUUUAAAAGUAUUCCUUUUUAGCUAAAUUUUAAGCCUAUGCCCGAUAAUUUAAACAUAAACCAUUUUUGGAGAGCAGGGGGGUCCCGUUGACGAAGAAUGCCUCAUAUAUAUAUACAAUGUAAAACGUUUUAUUGUAAAAUUUCAAUUCGAAAAAGUGUUGAAUUAAAAAGUAUAAUUAAAAAGAAAUUUAAAAAAUU